AUGGACCUCCACCUUCCUCUACUAUUACUUUUGCACCGCUCCUUCCAUCUGUACUCCGUCAGGUACCUUACUGGUGCACAAUUCGGAAUUCCUCAGUUAUCCAUCUGUGACACACCAUCCGACCUCUUCCCUCCAGUUUCAGGAACAUUACCAUUUCUCAUCGACAACGUCAAACCCGUCACUCCCGUUACAAUACCUACCAUUGCAACGUACGAACUCGAUCGGCUCCUUAGUUCCAGGGGCUGGGCUCGAACGAACGCCACUAUUCUGCAUCCAUCGCGAAUUCGCCAUCGCCUCUGCCGGUACGGGUCUGGAAUCACAUCCCGCUGGCCGGCACACAAGCGGCCACCAUCCAUCACCAAUCCCCACUACUUGUGCUUGAAGCUCGGAACUUUCAAUUCAACGGCCUGGCAACGUGCAAUGCUUCACUCCGAACCCUCCACCUUCUCAUCCACAGCUCUAGUCUCUACCGAGUACUGCCUAAGACCCCCAGUCCGUCCACACAGGCCAGCCCUCUCAAGGAUUGAGGCUGCACCAUUGCUGCAUCUGCCCGCCUUUGGUUCUCUUCGACCUGAUCCGUAUCAGAUAGAGCUUCCGAAUCCCAGCACCCAACUCAAAGCACUUCAAUUGGCGUUGCCUGCUGAGUCCAUCGCAAUGUCCCGCCGCUACGAUGAGACGCACUCUAUUACAUCACCAAGCUUCACUGCCAGUCGGGGCAUUCGUUACAUGUCUCACUCAGGGCCGAAGGAACGAACUUACCCAUCCCGGUCUGGCCUACCUUUUGGACCCCGGAUAUCAGUUCCUCGUCAAUGCCCCUGGAAAAAACCAUCCGAUGGCAGCCCAAUGACAUGGGAAGACGGAACAGCCUUGCUAUUGCACCUUCAUCGGCCGCUAAUCAGCUUCACACUCGUCCAGCAUGCAACCUCACCGGCCGCUUCCCCGUACGUAACGUGCCCUCCACUCUUCUCCUUGCCAUCACGAUGCUACCCCGGAACGGGUGGUCAAUUCCCCCGCCGCAACCACCAUCUUGACCGUGCCUCAACUAUCUUGCCGGCUAGCUGCUUGUUGGGUAUCAUACGAAAGGCCGAUUGGUCUCGAAAGUCUCUGAGAAGAUGCGAUGGAGCAGCCAUAUUGCUCUUGAAGUCGGAGACUUCAUAUGCAUCCGGUGAAAGCCUUCUCGUGGCGCCAGCAAACCUUGCAAGAUAUUCGACGUUGAGGGGGCUGAGAGACAUCAACAUCAAACGGCGACGUUUUUCCCCCGAGAGGGACCCCUGGAAUCUGUAUAUUACGCAGUACGCCACUCCGGAAAGUUUCCUAUGUACCAACCAACUAACAAUCAAUGAUCGACAUCCAUCACACGAGACCGAGCCUCACGGCACAGUGGCAGAGUGGUUCCUGGCCCUGUUGAUAGGAUCCAGUCACUUAAUUGUGCUGAGGCUAGGAUUAGCCACGAAAGGCCUAAUCAGCCUGGCCAACCUUCCCAUAUUGUCCGACGGAGUCGACCGACUCAAAGCUCUCAUCACAUAUCAUUUCGUGACGGAUCACGUUGACCAUCCACAUUAUAAUGAUUUCGAGGUUGUUGCUGGGGGCCCUGGAUGCUUGGCAACUGAUCUCACACGCCAGGAAGCAGCCGAGUGGCAUCGAGGGCGAGCCGAGCUGGCCGGCCUGUCUAUGCCUGUCGUGGCAGAAUCACGGCGUUUGCAUCUCGUGCGGUUGCCGGCGCAAGAUGUGCAAAUGUAUGACCGACUUAAGCGGCCUGAAGCGAGCAGCCGUCACCCUAGCGGCAGCGGCAACGGCAACCAUGGGAAAACGUCAUUCUCAGAUGCUUUUGAAUCUCACGACAUUAAACACUUGGACACCGCGCUUAUCGGGAUCACAGCAGGAUCCAUAGCGAUGGAAGUUUUAGCCACGCCGCGCAAACCGCAAUCUAUCCUCAGCUUUCCAUACAGGCCGGGGAGACUGCUGUGCCACUUUGACGUCCUUAUUGGCAGUCAGCUAUCCCUCGCGUACGGCAUGACGGGUACAGAAUCGUCGAUAAGUGGCUCUCAAAACGCCUUUUUUGACAUGCGAAUCCUCCAUUCAUAUAUAUCCCCACUGAGGGGAGGCCAUGCGGGAUUAAACCUCACAAAAUCGCAGGCCAACGACACCUUCCCGACUUGUAUUUUACGCAGGUCGCCAAUUCGAGUCUUUCGGGAGUUCCGCGUCCCAGAAGUUGAGAAGCUCAUUUUCGAGUUUCCAUUGGAGAAUUUGACAUGUCUCAGCAGAUGA